CGCGUACACAGACACAGGCGGACGGACAGUGCUGCACUUGCGAUGCAUUUGCGAGCGUAUGUGUGAGUUGCUGUUAGUGUGUGUCUGUGUGCGAGGCAGUGCAGUGCGCGCAUCGCGGAAACGAACAGCAGCCCCCCGCGUACACUCACACAGUCAGCAGUUCGCGGUUCGUCCUCGUGGCGAGAGUGCGAGCGAGUGAGAGAGUAAACGAGAGAGAGCGCGCGCGCUAAUCGAGAACCUCUCCUCUCUUUCUCUCUACCUCCGAUCCACUGUAGUCCGCGCUGCGCGGCUUACGUCAGCCGUGCUUCUCUCUCGUCGCAGUCUGAGGAGAGUUACUCGGGGUACAACGUCGGACUCUCGAAUAGUCGAAGGAGUCUAUCGCUCCGACGUAGUUGCAUAUUUCGGUUGGUGCGUAUUCCCGCGUGCGCGCCCGCUCGCCCGCUCGUCCGCUCGCUCGCUCGGUCGUCGUAACGCCAGCCAGCCAGCCCAGCAGCAGCAACAACAGUCGGACGUCGCGCUGACCGUCUCUGUCUGUCUGUCUCUCUCUUUCUCUCUCUCUCUCUCUCUCUCUCUCGCUCUCUCCACGCUCACGCGCGGUGCGAGACAUGAGCAGAAACGGAAACGGGCACGUGCUAGUGUGGGAGCAGUCUGGUCUGGAUGAAGCAGACCGGGCUCGCUCCAUGCCCAACAUCACCACUGUCGCCAGCACAAACAACGUUAGCACGCAACCACAGAGGCCAACGCCACUUUCGCCCGAAUGUCCCAAAGGGCUGAUCGGCACGCGCCACGUGGUGACGUUCAUGCUGUUCCUGGGCAUGGCCAACGCCUACGUGAUGCGCACCAACAUGUCGGUGGCGAUCGUUGCGAUGGUCAAUCACACGGCCAUCAUCAAGGCGGAGGACGGCCACAACGAGACGCAGGUGAGCGAGUGCGGCGAGGCAUUCGACAGCCUCAACGGCACGGCGGAGGACGGCGACGGCGGCAGGAGCAGCGACGGCCAGUUCGCUUGGGACGCCCGGCUGCAGGGCUACCUGCUGAGCUCGUUCUUCUACGGCUACGUGAUUACGCAGAUUCCGUUUGGAAUCCUUGCCAAGAGGUACGGCUCCAAGUACUUCCUGGGCGUCGGCAUGCUCAUCAAUUCCGUGUUUGGCCUGCUGGUGCCCCUGUCCGCCGAGUGGGGCUACUACUGGCUGAUGGCCGUGCGCUUCAUCCAGGGCCUCGGCGAGGGUCCCAUUGUGCCUUGUACUCACGCCAUGCUGGCCAAGUGGAUACCGCCCAAUGAGCGCAGUCGCAUGGGAGCCUUCGUCUACGCCGGCGCCCAGUUCGGCACGGUCAUCUCGAUGCCGCUCAGCGGUCUGCUCUCGGAACACGGGUUCGCCGAUGGCUGGCCCUCCAUCUUCUACGUGUUCGGCACGGUCGGCACCAUCUGGUGCAUCGCCUUUUUGAUGAUGGUUCACGAAGAUCCCGAGUCCCAUCCACGCAUCAACGAAGACGAGAAGAAGUACAUACUCAGUGCUCUGUGGAGUGGCACCGGCACGAAGUCGCCCACGGUACCCUGGAAGGCUAUCUCUACGUCGCUGCCGUUCUGGGCUAUUCUCAUCGCCCACAUGGGUCAGAACUACGGCUACGAGACUCUUAUGACGGAGUUGCCCACCUUUAUGAAGCAAAUUCUACACUUCCAUAUCAAAUCGAACGGUUUGGUGUCGGCAUUACCCUACUUGGCGAUGUGGUUGUUCUCAAUGGUGAUAUCACACGUAGCCGACUGGAUCAUCUCGUCCGGACGCCUCAACCACACACAUACUCGCAAGCUCAUCAACAGCAUUGGACAGUUUGGUCCAGCAUUGGCCCUCGUGGCCGCCUCCUAUACUGGCUGCAACCCUUGGCUGACCGUCUCCCUGCUGACCAUCGGAGUCGGUCUCAACGGUGGCAUUUACUCGGGUUUCAAAGUCAACCACCUUGACAUCUCGCCAAGGUUUGCCGGCGUUCUCAUGUCUUUCACCAACUGCCUGGCCAAUCUUGCCGGUUUGCUCGCUCCAAUCACCGCAGGAUAUGUCAUCGUCGGCACGCCCACACAUACUAAGUGGAGAAUAGUGUUCAUUCUGGCCGCGGCUGUCUACGUACUCUGUGCAAUGUUCUAUAUCAUAUUCGGCACGGGCGAACGGCAAUCCUGGGAUAACCCAGACAAUGACGAAGUGGAAGAAGAUGACAAGGACUCCGAGCUGCGUACUGUCAAAACGAUCAGCGAGACGCGGCACUGACCACAACCACUUCCUGUCCAAUCAUCCUUCAGCCCAGCUCUACCGAUCGCCAAUCUGUUCAUUCUUCUUGAUCUUGAGUCGUCAGCAUCGGAACUUAAAAAUCGGACAAAGACAGGCAUUCUAUCGUUGGUUGCCAGUGCUCGUGGCUGUUCUCAUCUGUCACAUCUCAGAAUAGUCGGACACUAUAGGCAUACUACGCUAGUUCUUCGCCUUGUAACUCUCAUUCGUUUAUAAUUGUUCUCGCGCAUCGUCGUCCAUCCCCUUCAACUUUACCAGUUGCCAAAAUCCGACAGUUUGCGCGAGCGCGCGCGCCUUUAUACUUUUGACGCAGCCGCGAUAUAUGCAGAUCUUACGUAAUUUUUCAAAUGAUAUUUUGAAAUAGUAGCUUACAGCAUCCUUUUUCCUCUUUCUGCAACACUAAUUACAUUUUCUACAACUCUUUUUUUUUCUUUUUUUUUUACGUUGAAAUGUGUACUCUCAAAAUUUUUACGUGCUUACACGUGCGUACGCAGGCCAGAACGUAUCGACGUACUGUAGAGAUUUGGCUAAAACAAAAACAAGAUUAUCUGCCAGGAAAUGAAAGAAAAAUUUAUACAAAGAUGAAUCGGUCGCUGCUAUGGCUGAUUUCUGUACGUUGUGCUUAGGGUACGUAUUUAUAUUAUAGUAAUAGUAAUUGUUGGUAGCAAAAAAAAUUUUUUCUGCUAAAGUUCCUAGAAUUUUACUUUAAGCGAAAUUCAAUUCAACCCGUGUAUAUAUGAAUACAUAUGUACAUACUUUCAAGGAAGUCUGUUUAGAGAGCACAGAGAUCGAGGUGUUUAUUGCUCAUUACUAGCCAACAGAUCUCAACGAAAAAUACCUGUAAAAGAAAUCAUAGAUCAAAUUUCUUAUUAUAUAAAAUUUCAUUUUUUCUGUUUGCUGAUUUCACUUAGUCAUGCAAUGAUGUACGAUACGCAUCAUGUAUGCUUAAGUUAGAUUGUGCAGUUGUAGCCAAUCAUUAACAAAUCUUCUCUCAAAUAUGUACAGUUGUAAAUAUAAUUUAUUAAUACUUCGAGGAAAUUUAUAAAUGAAUAUAUAUAUAUAUAUAUAUAUAUAUAUAUAUUGCAGUUAGCUAAACUCCACUAAAAAAUUAUUCGCGUGCUUCAUUCGAUACGACCAAAAAGGAUAAAUGAAAAACCUAACAUCUUCCGUGUACCUAUUAUGACCUAAUUCUUAUGAAUAACGACUAGGCAACAGUAUUAUGUGGAACGAAUAAUACGUUCACCAAUGGUUGAUUAAUUAAAUUGAAAAAAAUAUAUUAUUUUUUUCUGCCACUUUCGCACAAAAUAAACCAGCAAGAUAGGCAUCGUGCUCUUGCUCGACAACGGUGCGCAGAUAGUUUUGUACAUCAAUUUUGUAGAUAUUUUAUCUUUAAGAUUCUUUUAAGUUAUAGGUUGUAGAUUAUAAUUAUCUUUUAUCUAUUUAUAUACAUACAUUAUUUUAUUUGCAAAUACAAAAACGAAAAAAUUAGUUGUAAUUAUUUUGUUCUCGUUGUUUUUUUCUUUUUUUUUACAUUUUUGUGACAGUAACUUUCUCGGUAGCUUAUUAAGUUCAUUGUGUAUAUCAAAAUUUUGAUAAUUCCUUAAAAUAGUUUACGUACAAACUGAUGCAUUUUUUUCAUUAACAGCUCUGGUAUUAUAGUGCAAUGUUUUGAGGAAUUGAUCAGCUUAUAUUUUUUAUCUUGUUUCUACCAAAGUUUAACUAAAAACUUGAUGAAAUUUUUGAUAGAAUAGUUGUAUUUGGAGAUGUAAAAAAUAAUUCAAUGAGGUGCUCCGAAGAGCUAUAUUUUUCAAAUUACUCAAAUCAUAUACUGUCGUAUUACGCUUGAAAAUGAUCGAUGAUGUAAUGUAACAUUUUUCAGACCCGCUUUUGUUUUCUAACUUGUUAUCUCAAGUUUGCUACAUAUUUUCCUGCUUGUUUGUAUUUUAACUGAAUUUAGCAUUUUUUUCAUGGUCCAUACGCAAACUUUGUAAUUUACUUCAGAGUCGUAAACAAUCGCGGUUCGGAUUGGUAAGUCUCGGAAAAAAUUCGCUCGAAAUAUUUUAAGAAAUACAAACGCACGUGAAAGCGUUCAAUGCAACAUUACUUCUUUUAUUGUACAUUUUAUAAAUUGCAUUGCUUUUUUCAGAAUUCAAUGUUUUUAUAAUGAAAGAAAUAGAUUGUUUUUAGAUACCUUUCCGGUCAAAUUGCAAUAUUUUUGUACUCAACGUAAUCACAAACAGCCAAAUAUUUGAUCAAACUGAUAUAAGUUGACAAAAUGUAAAAGGUUCUGCUUAUUCGAGACUGUUUUAUCAUUUAUUUAAAUACACAACAGCUUCAAGUAAAUCAUCAUGGUAAAGCAUUUUUACUUUAAAUUAUGAUGCAAAGACUUUAUGACGUUUAGGUGAAACAUAUAAUAAGAGCAUUCGAACAACAUAUCUUAAAUCUUGCGCACCAAAAAGAUUACAUUGAUUACAAAAAUUUCAAAUUUCGACCAGAAAACAUCUCAACUAAAUAAGAUUUGUUCCUAUUCUUGUUUUUGUUUUUUUUCAAACAAAAAGGCUUAUAUAUGUGUAUACGUAUAUAUAGUCAUUUAACCAUUUAGUGGUUUUGUCGAAGUCUGUGAUUACUGAACUACUCAUCAUGUGUACGUUCAUAUAAAGUUUAUAAGCGUUAAAACAGAUUAGACAGUCUAUUGUUCAUAUUAGCAUUAUACUUGAGUCAGUUUGCGUCAACUGUUAUAAAUGUAUACAUUUGAAUAAAAAGAUAGUGAGUGUUAUAACAAACAUGUAAACAUUAUUUUCUUCUGUGUUUGUAAAUGAAUGUUUCAUUUAGAGAAAAGAGAGAGAGAGAGAGAGACAUGUAUACGAGAAUGGCGAGCGAUAUUUUUAUGCGAAUUAUGCGAUGUAUGAAACAAUUUUUACAAAAGUUUGAGGGUCAUGUAUGUAAACUAAAGCGUGCAAAGUAAAAAUCUUAUGCAUUGUAUUUGAGCGCAUAAGUUUUACACACUUCUAUCUUGUCAUGUGAAAUAGUUCAUCACCAUUGCUACUAACUUGUAAAAUUUUUUUAAAAUUUAUUUUUACUUAUUGUUGAAUCAUAAAAUUGUCUACCACUAUUUAAUAACUGCCUUUCAGUAUUUGAAAACUCAUGCCUUUCAAUAUUUAAAAAUUACUUUACAGAAAUGAAUAAUGAUUUUGAGCCGACUAUGUUUCAACACGUUUUUUCUCAAACUUAGAUAGAUAUUGUCGCCAUCUUUGCAUCGUUCAGUUACAAUUUUCUUUUGUAUUUUGUUCCUGCUAUAGAAUCUUUUGCACGUUGCCAUGCAAUAUACUUCGCUAAUUUAUUUCCUUUAUAUGUAUAUUAUGUUAUUAGGUUGAAUAUAGAAACACAUAGUGGCUAAUCUGUUGAGAAACAAAUUGCAAUAAGUACAUGAGGGAAAUCGCUUAAAUUAUUUGCUAUUAAUUUAACUAGUUGAUAUUAAGAAAUUCUAAUAGUGUUACAAUUGGUAGAUCAAUUGAAAAUUUUAGUUCAAAAUUUUACUAUUCACAUAUACUACUCACAUCGAACGUUCUGUAGAAAAAAUAAAUAAGGGCGUAAGCAAAAUAAUUUUUGUGACUGCAUAAUUUUCAGCGCUUUACAUGAAUAAGUAAAGCAUGAAACUUGUAAAUGAUUAUAAUUCAAUGAGAUGUGAUAUAAAUAUACAACUAAUAAAAUUUACAUUCUUUACAACAAUAGAGAAUAUCUUGUUCAGAUAACUUUCAAAAAUUACCGAUUAACAAUAUUGUAACAAGUAUGCGGUGACCUGAAUGUACUAGAUGUGGUACAGGCAGCAAUAUAAUUUUAAUAUAAAAAAAGGGAAGAGAGAGCCCAUAUAAAUGCAUUAUGAAGAAAAGAGUGAACUUCAACAUCUAACUACUUUUAUUAAUUUUUCAAUGUAAUAUACAGAUACCCAAGCAAAUUUGUUCAGAAUAUUAGUUUUUAAGUUAUAAUUGCAUAACUUUUGUUAUAAAUUUUACAACCUUAUUUCAUACAACAGUUUUUUUUUCAUAUUCGUCAUAAUCGUUGAUAUUAGAAUACAAAAUUAAUUUGUAUUGCGCGCAAACAAACACCUAAUAGUAUGACUAGAGAUUAUUAAUAAUUAAAAAACUUUUAUGUAUGAAAUUAAUUGUGUUUGGUCGUUUAUGAAGUGUAGUAAUUAUAAAAAUCGGUUU